CUGAUAACAGUUGACAGCUGACAAUUUUUCCACUAGGUUGUUUUUAUUAAAUUAGCGUCAAUUUACUGUAUUUUUAUUAAGUUAAUGAAAGUGAAAGCGAUUAGUGAUGGAAGAGGGCUCGAGAGCUGAAAAAAUAAUCUCACAGGCAGUGCAAUGGAGUUUCGAAGGAGAUUGCUCGCUACUCACUUGGAUGCAGGAGCUUUCACAGAAUUUAGAACAGCGGGCGUCAACCACCAGCGAUGCACUUCAACAACUGAGUGUGAAUGUGAAUAGAACGGCAAUAGCAUUGGAGAAUGCGGCCAACAGCUUGACCGCAUUGCAAUACACACAGUUUGUCGAGAGUCGCUGCCAUGAUGAUGACGAAACACUAGCGAAUGCAACAGAAUUGCCAGCGGAAGUAGUACCCACGUCCAGUGACAAAACGACGACUCCCAGUGAGCUGCUGGGAACAUUUCUGCGGAAAAAUUUGCAAAUGCUGCACAACAGUCAUGAGAAGUAUGCGCUCGAUUUCGAAGACUCUGAUGACGACGAAUCCACCACUGCGACUAACUGUAUUUAUCAACCGAAGAACCCAUACAACGAUGCCUUACUCCCACAUAUUUAUGGGAGUAAACUGUGGAAAGAACACUGGCAUGUAGGGCUGUGUGAUGGCUCAAACGAAUACUCUGGCGAUGAAACAUCCGAUGCAUUUUCUGAAUCCUCCAGCUCCUCAGCUACCGAUAACGAAUCAUAUGAGAGUAAUACGGCGAAUCUCUCAGAAUGGGCUUCGAGUACAUCUAUACCGAUCGAACAUAAGCAUCCUGCACUGUUGGUGAUAACUCAAAAUAAUCCAGCGGUGACUGCAACAAAUAAUGCUGCUGCUCAAAAUAAACGGUUACCAACCACACCACAUUUUCCAAGUAACGAUGACAGCGAUACUUGUUCUACAACGUCUCGAAGUACCACACGGAAUCCAGCAACGCACCAAGCACGCGUUCAUGAUUUGUUUGCUACAUUGCGACAUGAUACACCAAUUACGAGUACUUCUGCUUCAUCAUCAUCCCCACAGCAACAACAAAUCGCUGUUAAUUCAGUGCAUACCAAUCGUAAUGCGGCGGAGCCUUCUUCUAUAUUGCCGCCUUUCAUUGACUCAAUACCACCUACAGACAUUUUUGCUGAUGCGGUAUUAGCACAAAAAACCAACAGUAAUACUGAAAGGGAAUCAAUACAGCCAAGAUCAGAAACUAGCCAACAAAGUAAACGAAUGCCUGUAAAUUUGUUCGAUGAUGAUGAUUUCAAUUCGUUCAUGACAGAAGUCGAGGAUAAACCUCAAACGAAAGCUGAACAGCAUGCACAAUUGCCAGUUCCAGCGACUAGAAAUCUUUCAAUGAAAAAUGAAGCAAGUGUUCCUCCAGUGAAGCAAGCAACUGUGCCAAAUACAGUAGAUUUGUUUGCCGAGCAGUUGAAUAUUAAAACGCCAAUUGUAAAUCAGUCAACGGUGCCGGCUAAAGUUGAAAAACCAAAUGAAAUUAAACAACGAAAACCAAUAAAUCUUUUUGAUAGCCCCGAAGACAGCUCCGAGAAUGAUUCGAUCUUCUCCACGACUAUACCAAGUAAAGAGAAAAAGUUGGAUAUUGGUGUAGCAGCGGCUAAGCCAACCAUUACUGCAAAAUUGCUUUUUGACGAUGACGAAGAUGAUGAUGACUUUUUAAAUGUCUUUGGCACAAAAAAACUAAACUUACCACCACCGAAAAGUACAGGUAAAAGUUUAUUCUUUGACGAGGAAAGUGAUAAAGACAGUCGGCCUACUAAGCAGUCGUCACGAUUUACGAGCAAUCUGUUCGAUGAUAUUCCACCUGCAGAUUAUGAACCUCAAUCCACUUUGAAGCACGAAACCAAGAAAGUGGUCGAUAGCCGUGCAAUUGAGGAGAGUGGGAGUAGAGCGAGUAUACAAAAGGAUGCGACAGCAACUGCCCAAGUGGACUUAUUUGAUAAUAUUGAUGAUGGAGUGGGUCAAAAACCUAUACUAGAUUUUGCCAAGACGGGAGUGCAACCACAGAGGUUAGAAACGGCAGCAGUAAAAUCCGGUAACAAACUUUUCGGAGGAAAUCUUUUUGGCGACGAAGACACUGAAGAUUUAGAUGAUUUAUUAUCGACACAAUCAAAAGCCAGUCAACAAUUAACCAAAUCUGUUCCUAAUGAGGCUGUAAGAAACCUUAGCAACAGCGUAGAAGCUACAAAAGCAUUUACUAAAGAGAUUACACAUCAAAAAAGGCCUUUAUUUAAAAAUGUUUUUGUUGAUAAUGACGACUUAUUCAGUGAACGUGUAGCGAAAAGAGAUGCACAAGCUGAGGAUGAUGACACUAAAGCAAUUCCCAAUAAAACUUCACAAAUUCCAGAUGCACCAUCAAGAGAUGUGCCGAAAAGAACAGCACUUUUUGAUGAUGACUUCGACGAUGAUAGCGACGAUUUAUUUGGCGUAAAAGCAACUACGAAAGUAAUACUCAACCAGCAAAACAGCACUGAUAAUCGGAAACAAAAAGACGGCGCUACUUUAUUAGAGCAGAAACAAAAUAAGAAAUCUCCAACUAAGCAAGCCACAGAAACGGCAAAUGUUAACCCACCAACCGCCUUACUCGAAGAUGUUUUGGAAACUGGGAAAGAGGAUUUGUUUAAUGAGGUUAAUAUAGAUUCGGUGUCAGAAGUCACCAAAGAGGAACACGCAGACAUGAGUGAAGCGAAUUCAGACACAAUGCAGUCUAAUUCCACUGUGCCUUCUGUUGUAGAUCAACCAGUGAGCACUUUGUUUGAGAAGAAAACUGCUGCAACACCAAUUAAUGAAUUACAGAGUAGCGCACUUUUCGUUGACGAUAAUAACACUGUAAGCGAAUCUUUAUUCCCUGAAUCUCUAAGUUCACCAAACGACGACAUAAAUGAGCAAGUAGUUAAUUAUGCCGAAAAGAAUCCAAUCGUUGAGGCCAACAGCUUAGCUGUAACUGCGGAAAAAGCAGCAGAUAAUGAAAUUUUAAAAUCGAAAAUGCAGGAAGCUGACGAUAGCUCGGCUGCAGUUGCGCAAACUAGUUCAACCAGCAAAUCUUCACAUAUGGAAAUAGCUGUAGAACCUGAUGAAAACAGCUCUAACGUAAAUGCCACAGAAACUUCAUUGGAACCAUCAAUGCCGUCAGUUGUUGCUCCUGCUGAUAUAGACACACAAUCUGUUCACAAUCAUAAAUAUUCUGGCAUUUUUCUCGACGAGCCACCCGAUGACGAUGAUUUCUUCACAACACUCAACAAUAGUACUCAACCUUUGUCCGUCUCGAAAUUGACGCUCGACUUGGAAAAUGAUUUCUAUGAACCUGCCUUACCAGAGACACCAAGCAUUGAAAACAAAGCAACGGCAAUAACUGGCACAAACGUCCAAAAGAAUGGGAACAUCAAAAAUCAGCCGAAUAGUAGUAGUGAUUAUGGUGGUUUACGUUUGUUUAGUGAAAUCCCCCCAGACGAUGAUGGCGAUGAUUUUAGCUUUUCUGCGCCCGCGAAAGCUACACCUCAGAAUACUGUGAUGAAUCAGCGUUUGCAUAGUAUUUUCUAUGAUGAUUUCUCAGAGACUUUGGAGGCAGUACAGCAGAUAAAGGAAAAUAGAACAGCAGCGCAGAUGCUAUUCGCUGAUGAGCCGCCCGCGGAUGAAGAGCUAUUUAAUAUAAUGGAAAAAGUGACACCGACGAAGCCGCAUGCUAAGAAACGGGAAAAGGCAGAAAAUUUAAUAGAUUCAACCAGCCAAAUGCCAUCUGUUAAGAAGGAAAGUUUUAAAGUUGAAAGGGACUGGAAUGAUGAACUUGCGACUAGCAGUAGCAACGUCGCUGCAUCCUCCAAAGAUGUGACCGAUCGGGUAGUAAACAAGUUGAAUUCGGAUUUCUUACAUGCGCCGGAAAAAUCGAGCAGCCCUCCAGGCAAAUUACAAAUGCCAAAUAUCAAGAUAAACGUACAGGCGUUGCUACCUGGCGUUGGUGGAAAGCCAAAUUUUAAAAAGUCGCCAACUUCUGCUGAGGUAUCCAAACCUUCAGCUACUCCAACGGAAAUUCCAGAACCAUCGACUACGAUAAGCAAAGACACCUCAAGCGCAUCUUUAAUUUCGACUACAACGUCUGAGUCAGCUAAUGAAAACAUGUUGACUAGUGUUUGCAAGACACGUAUACGUGCACCAGCCGGCAGACGUCCGUCUACGCGGAGAGCGCGUCAGGAAAAUUAUCGACAAUCUCUUAUUGGCGAGCAAGCAGACCUCGAACGGCAUGAUGAUGCCCUAAAAAAUCAACCGGAGGGAAACGUGCCAGAUAGAGAUCAGCACCAGGAGCAGCUGCGCAACAAAGCCGAAACUACAUAUGUGACAAUAGAUUCCAGCAACGAGGGAGCGACUGCAUUAAACACAAGCAGUGGUGGCAUUAGUGCUUUGCAUACAAAUUUAUUUGUGGACGACGACGGCGACGACGCUUACGAUUAUGAUUCUCUCUUCAAAUCUGCGCACAUUCGUAAUGCGGAGAAAAAUAUUCCAACUCAAAGUGCAAAUCUGAAAACACCAAAUUCCAUAAACGACCACAGGACUGCCGAAAAGCCUUUUGAUCAAACGCCCACAGUGCAAGCGACAGCGAAAAACCCAUCAACAUUCACAAAAUAUUUUGCCGAAAAAGAAGAUGACAAUGCAGAUGAUCUAUUUGAGAGUGCGCAUGUCACGCAAGCAGAUAGCAGUACAAGUACAAUAAUAAAAACCAAAACGAACAAACCUACAACAGCAAAGAGUACUUCAAAAUCUGUAUUUGGCACUCCUCCAAGUGAAGAUGGUUAUGAUGAUCUCUUCAACAGCGGUAAAUCAGCGCCACCAGUAAAUGCAACAACAACGCAAACAACAAAAUAUUUGCCACCAACAAUCAAAGCAACUAAUGUCAGUGGUCAACAAAAACAAACUGCCAGCAUAGGAGGCAGUAAAUUAGACUCAAUUUUCGGCAGCGAUGAUGAAGACGCUGAUUUUUUGUCAAACCUGAAGCCCAAGAAAAAAACAACAACAGCAAGCUUAAAAUCAACCAGCUCAGGUAGCAUAGCAAAGCAGGCAACGGCUGGCGGUGGCGGCCUAUUUAGUGAUAUUGAAAGUGAUGAAGAUGAUCUCUUCGGUGGAAAGAGCAAGUCAAAACAUGAUACCGUUAAAACAAAAGCAACCACUGCAACAAAAAUGCAGGUACCGCCAACACACAAAUCAACGAAAAUUACGUCGACUCUCAAGAAUCCAGCAACCCUGACCGAUAAUCCUUUGGCAGAUUUGCUAGACCCAUAAGAUUUUGUGAAGCAUAUUUGGCCUUCCACUAACCUACAUCUGUAUUAAAAAAAAAAAAACAGUAAAAGUGCUAAAAAAUUGAAAACCCUAAUCUUCAAAAAAUAAUAAUAAUGAAACAUAAAAAAAACAUAUGCACUCUGUAAUUAGCGAACAAAAAGUUAAAAAUUUCUAUGGAAUUUUUUAUGUAAAAAGUCAUUUUUUAGUUUUAUUUUAUAUAUAUAUACAUUGCACACAAUUAAUUUGUUUUGUUACAUACGCAUAGAUACAAAAUAAAGUAAAUGAAUUCAUAUACAAGUA